AUGGAGGAAGGUUCUGGUGGAAGUGAAUGUUACGCCAACCAUCAGUUCGAAUUCCACGAAUUUAUCCCAUCAGGUUCACAACCGCGAGUAGUGCUGCCAAAUGUAUCGAUAGUUCCACCAUCGACCUUAGAUGUCAAAUAUCAUCUAGCUUCAGAAUCUGCUGGAUCGCCUCAGAAUGGAGUGAAGAAACAAGAGCUGCAAACCGAUGAAAAACACUGGUGGAAUGCAGCGGUUGUAGACUCGGAUGUUACUGUAAGUUCUAUAUUCAUCUGGUAA